AUGAAUGAUCCAUCAAAAAAACGUGGUCAUCUGGCAAAUAAUACAUUACAUAAUUUAGUUCGAUCAAAUGUAGAAAAAAAUAAUAAAAAUCAUCGUCCACAAAUACAAACAUUUUUAAAUAAUACAACAGAAAAUAGAACAAAUUCAUUUCAACAACAAAAACAAAAUUCUAUUCAAAAUGGUACAUCAACACCAAAACCAUUACUUGAUUGUUUAAAACCUGGACCAUUAUUAACAUCAAAACCAUAUGAAAAAUCAAUAUCACAACGACGUAGAAAAAAUAAACCAUUUGAUCGUGAAAAUCUUGAUCGUAUUGAUGAUGAUCAAGUUAAUAAUUCUAAUAUUUCACAAGAAAAAAUUGAUAUUGAUCGUUCAACGAUUGAUAUUCGUAAACCAACACCUGAACAUUUAUCAGCAUUAGAAAAAACAUUUCAAAAAAUUCUUACAGAACGUUGUUUAUCUUAUAAUAGUCUUCAGCAACGACAGUUAGUCUAUACGAACUUACAUCAACUUAUUACUAAUGCACGAACAGAUUGUCAAAUAAAUUUAUAUGGUUCUAUAUAUUUCGAAUGUUGUUUGGAAAAACCAGGUAUUAUGGAUAUUGAUGUACAAUUUAAAGAAAUAUCACAAUAUGAUACACUUAAAGAAUUACUUGAUAUAAUUAAAAAAAGUGAUCUAUAUAAAGAAGCUAAAAUUGAUACUGAACAUAAACCAUCAUGUAUUCAUUUAAUAAUAAAAGAACCGAAUAUGCGUGUUAAAAUAACUUCAGGUUAUAAUCGUGGUUUAUUUUUAUCAAAAUUAAUUCGACUUUAUAUUAAAUUUGAUCAACGUGUUAUUAAAUUACUUCGAUUAUUUCGAAUACUUACAAAAACGUGCAAUAUUGAUAAACCAGAAUUAGGAACACUUCAUCCAGUUGUUUUUCAUAUAAUGGUUAUUCAUUUUCUUCAACAACUUGAUCAACCUGUUUUACCAUGUCUUCAUGAAUAUGCUUAUGGAAUUGAUCGUGUGCCUAUAACAUUAAAUGAAAAUCAAUAUUCAAAAUUUUUUAAUGUUUGUGAAAAAUAUUCACAUGAAUGGAAAUCAAAAAAUACAACUAGUGUUGAAAUGCUUUUUUUACAAUUACUUUCGUAUUAUGUUAAAACAUUUAGUUCAAAACAAUUUGUUGUUUCAAUACAAACCAGAAUGCCUGUCAUGAAAAUUGAUAAAAAUUGGCGUAGUAGAAAAUUACUUGUUGAAGAUCCAACUGAUAUAAAACGAAGUUUAUGUCAAACAAUGCAAUCAAUGCGUUCAAUUGAUUAUUUUCGUAGUACGUUAAAUGCUGCAUUGAAUUAUUUUGCUCGAAAACAAAAAAAUUUGAGAACAACAAGUUCAAAUCAAUGUUCAAUUGAAAAUAAUGAUGGUGAUUUAAUCGAAAUACUUCCUAAUGAUGUAAAUGGUAUUCCAACAAAUGAACCAUCUAAUUUAUUACAUAAUUCAUAUAGAUUAUUUUAUAAACGUUUACCACCAACAGUUGUACGUGAUGCUAAUAUAAAACAAGGUCGUGUACGAGAAUAUUAUAAACGAAUAUAUGAUAAUAAAAAUAAUAAAUUACCUAAACCUAUUAUUCAAUUAAAUAUUUCAAAUGAUAAAUUAGAUAAUUUAGUUGAUAAUGAUAUUCAAGAAGCAUUUCAACAUGAUCUUGAAAAUAAUUUUGAAGUUAUGGAUGAAAAUGAUGAUGAUGAAAAUGAAAAUCAUGCACAUUUAUUACAAAGAAUAAAUUCAAAUGAAGAUGAUUAUGAACAAUUUUUAAAUGAUAGUUUACAACAGAUUAGUAUUGAAGAACAACAACAACAAGAAUCAAUUCAUGAAGAAUCUCCAACAACUGAAGAAGAGCAACAAUCAAUUGACGAUGAAUCACCAACAAUAAUGACUGAUGCUCAGCAAGAAAACAUAAUCAGUGAUAAAGGAGAAGAAGAAGAAGAAUUGAAUGAAAAUUUUAAAACACCAUUAUCUAUGGAUGAAACAUCAAUAAAUAAUAUUCAAUCCUCAACUGAAUUACAUCUAUCAGAAGAAAAUACAACCAAAUCCACUUGUUCAUCGUCAAUAGAUGUUAAAACAAAUUCUAUAAUAACUGAUGAUAAUAGUAAUGAUGAUAUUCCAUUAGCAUUUACAUCACCCAUUAAACUUGAACAAAUUAUCGAUAAUGAACAAUUAAAUAGUGAUAAUAAUACUUGCACAGAUAAUUCUAGUGAAUUUUUUUAUGAUUUUCAAUCUAAAAACUUUCAUGCUGAACAGGGUGCUCCAUAUGUGUGCACAACUUGUAAUAGUGUUGGACAUUUAAAAGAAGAAUGUCCUGAAUUAAUUAUUCCGAAUAUGAUCGAUUUGCCAGCUAUUAGUGAACAAUGGAUUGAUAUUCUUUCAAAACUUUGUCGACAAAUUACUAAUCGAUGUAAACCAAGAAAAAAUGAUGUAGAAAAUCGUCGAGAAAUUUUACAUCAAUUAGAAAAACAAUUUCAAAAAGAUUAUCCUGAUUGUAAUUUACAUGCAUUUGGUUCAUAUUAUAAUGGUUUUGGUUUUCAUCAAAGUGAUUUAGAUGUUUGUAUUGUAUUUAAGGAUGAACGAGAACAAAAUAAUGAUGAAGUUAUUCGAAUAAUGCAAAAAAUUUUACGUCUAAUGAAAUCUUCAAAUACAUUUGUUGAUGUUCAACCUAUACUUCAAGCUAAAGUACCAAUUAUUCGAACAAGACAUCGACAAUGGCAUAUUGCAAUUGAUAUUAGUCUUCAUAAUAUGCUGGCUAUUGAAAAUACACGAUUAUUAAAAACAUAUACUGAAAUCGAUUCUUGUGUAUCAGAAUUGGGUUAUAUGAUUAAACAUUUAGCAAAAUUAUGUUGUAUUGGUGAUGCAAGUCGUGGUACAUUAUCCAGUUAUGCAUAUAUUAUUAUGCUUAUUCAUUUUUUACAACAAAUUCAACCACCUGUUUUACCAGUUCUUCAAAAGUUAAAUGAUCCGACAAAGAAAACUUCAAUGUAUAAAAAAUGUUCAAAAUGGAAUGUGUAUUUUUAUGACGAUCUAUCUAAACUGAAAGAUAUUUGGAAAAAUGAAAAUAAAUUAUCAUCUGGAGCAUUAUGGAUAGAAUUUUUACGUUUCUAUACUGAACAAUUUAAUUAUGAUGAACAUAUUGUAACGAUUCGACAAAUUGAACCAUUAACAAAACAAGAAAAAGGAUGGUUUAGACAAACCAUAGCUAUUGAAGAUCCAUUUGAACUAAGUCAUAAUUUAGCCGGUGGUCUAUCUCCACGAAACUGGAUUAUUAUUCGACGAGUUUUUAUUCGUGCUCGUCAACAAUUUGCUAUACAACCUGAAAAUGUCAAUAUUUCAAAUCCCGAUAUGUCAUCUAUUGAGGAAACAUUAUUUAAUAUUGAUGAUUUAUGUCCAACAAAUGCACCAAAACGAUGUGAAUGGUGUAGAGGUCCAUAUCAUAUUCGAAAACGUUGUCCAAAAUUAGCAUCAUUAGCAAAUGAAAACGAAAAGAAAAAACGAACAACUAAUUAUACUACACAACAACAUUAUAUGAACAAUCACUCGACAUAUUUAUCAAAUAAGUCUCGAGACUAUGUACAAUCUAAUAAUAAUGGUAAUGGAUAUCAACAACCAAAAUCUGCUCCACCUAAUCAACGUCCAUUUCAAUAUACAACCAAUGAAAAACGAAGAGACUUUCAUAAUUCAUUAGACGAACCAACAAAUAAUUCACAUCGUUCACAUCAACAUAAUCAGUUUAGAAAAGAAUGUUAUAUUUGUAAUAGUACUGAUCAUCUUAAAGCACAGUGUCCAUUACAACAGAAAAAUACAGUUCAACGACAAAAACUUUCUAGCUAA